UUGUGCUUCAAUCAAGUGCGUCCUACGCGAAAACCUAAACUAAAAUCUCGAGUGUAGCACGCUUGCCAAACUGUUGCUAUUUAAUACUGACAAAAACAUGUUGAGAUUAAAAGUGAUUAUUAAUAAGUGUUACAAAUGCAAUGUUAACUGAAGAGGCUUAAUAUCAAAUCAGAACUCAGACAUAUUAACAUAUUACUCAAUUUAUGGGAAUGUUCUUAAAUCGCGGACAUAAUUAAUAACUGUGAAUUAUUCCAAUCGACUAAACAUGUGAAAUGUAUUUCAAUUUUACAUAAAAUCGAGCAAUACCAAAAAGUGUUUAACUGACCCACGAAAUGCCCAGAAAAUAUAUCAAAAGACGUGCGCCGGCUAACGCUUGGCCGUUGGCAAUAAAUAUUUUUGUGCUUCUCUCGCUUAUGUGCCAGAAAUGCUCUACGCAGAGGGUCGAUGUGCCAGCCGAAGUAAUUGUUGAUCCCAAAUUCAGCUAUCCAAUUGCCAAUGUGACAGCGCCGGUGGGACGUGACGCGUUUCUCACAUGCGUCGUGCAGGACCUGGGACCGUAUAAGGUCGCGUGGCUGCGUGUCGAUACGCAAACGAUUUUGACCAUACAGAAUCAUGUUAUAACAAAAAAUCAACGCAUCGGGAUCGCUAACUCGGAGCACAAGACCUGGACAAUGCGCAUCAGGGAUAUCAAGGAGUCCGACAGGGGCUGGUAUAUGUGCCAAAUAAAUACGGAUCCCAUGAAAAGCCAAAUGGGUUACCUGGACGUUGUGGUACCGCCGGAUAUCCUAGAUUAUCCUACAAGCACGGACAUGGUCGUACGGGAGGGCAGUAACGUGACGCUCAAAUGCGCUGCUACCGGUUCACCAGAGCCGACAAUUACAUGGCGACGUGAAAGUGGAGUGGCCAUUGAGUUGGCCAACGGCGAGGAGGUGGCCAGCAUUGAAGGCACUGAUCUGAUCAUACCUCAAGUAAAACGUCAACAUAUGGGCGCCUAUCUAUGCAUAGCAUCGAAUGGAGUACCGCCCUCAGUGAGCAAGAGGAUAACACUUGUGGUGCAUUUUCCUCCAAUGAUCAGUGUGCAGAAUCAGUUAAUUGGCGCCGUGGAGGGCAAGGGCGUUACACUGGAAUGCCAAUCAGAAGCAUAUCCCAAGUCAAUUAACUAUUGGACACGUGAGCGUGGGGAAAUCGUGCCACCAGGCGGCAAAUAUUCGGCAAACGUUACAGAAAUCGCUGCCUAUCGCAGCUCCAUGAAGCUCCACAUCAAUCCCCUUUCGCAGGCCGAGUUCGGAGCAUAUCGUUGUGUGGCCAAAAACUCACUGGGCGACACAGACGGCACCAUCAAGCUUUACAGAAUUCCACCAAAUGCCGUCAACUAUGUGGAGAACUUCGAGGCGAGACAUAAAGGAAAAAAGCGCACGAAAAGCUCCGAAAUGCAUCAUUCGUCCAGGGCGCAGGAGCACAGCGGCGAGGACACUGAGAAUCCCGGUAAGCGAAAAGCUGAUUUGAGUCUCAGUGCGGAGGGUAUUGACAACAUGUAUGGAGCAUCGGCAGCUGUGUCCCAGCAUCCCAGACACCACACUGGACAGGCGCUGAGCUGUCUCUGCCCCUUGCUGCUGCUGCUGCUCUUGAUGUGGCGGCAAACGAUGGCGAUGACAUUGACGAGGCAACAGCGAAAAACUCAACUGGCAUUGUUGCCACAAACACUGACACAUGUUUGACAUAGACGCGAAUCGCUAACAGAGAUUAGGCAACAGCAGAAGGAGUUGAAGCUGGAGCUGGAACUAGAGUUGCAGUUGCGAUGAUGCGGUGUUUGGCUUGAUUGAGUUUGUCAAUUGGCCAAAAGCCGGUGCUGAUUUAUGGCACGCGGCUUAGUUAAAGUUGAACAAUAUAAACAUAUAUCGUAAAAGAAUAAGAGUCGUAGCUACUAUAUAUAGAAUAAUAAGUCAACCAGGCUUCCUAACUCCCCUACGCGUGCAUGUUUAAGCUGUUAAAUCUUAGCGUAAGUUUAGCCUAAAUUCAGCAGAAUGUAAUAUACACAAGAAAUACAUAUAUGAUAAAAUAUUAAAUACCUAUGGCACAUGUACAUAAACGUACAGCAAACAGAUUGUCGCGUUAAGAGUUCGUUGAUAUUGUACAUUUCUAUAGGCCAUGUGGACAUCACUUAAAAGAGACUGUAUGUGUGCAAAGUAACAUUUAGUUGCGGCUAAAGUGAAUGCGAAAUUCGAAGUAUUCAAAUUAGCCAACUUUUAAGGCAACACGCGGAGCGGACUGAGCUGAAUACCAUAUGCAAUUGAACAAAAAUAACAAUAAUCAACAAAACAUAGCAACAGUUCACACAGCAUAAACCCAGCAGCUGGCUGUGCGCGUGUCUGAAAUAUCUUUAAAAAAGAAACAAUAUAUUACAUGUAUUAAUAAAGGGUGUUUAUUUUAGAGUUCUAUAACUUUGCUUUGGCAACAAUGCUUUAUGGGACAACUCAUUUAAUAGCUGACAGCUGCCCUUUGUUGAGUUCGGCUUGACAUUU